AUGCCCUUCGGACUAAACCAUGCUCCCCAGAUGUAUCAACGCCUCGUGGACAAUGUGCUAUAUGGGUUUCUGAAGAUCUCGCGAUCAGGCGACCUAGGAAGCACAAUGGACGUGUUCCAGGCAGGGCCCGCUGACGAUCCUGAUCGCCCAUCGGUGUUUGAACGUAGAUCAUACAUUGACGACAUCAUGGUUGCCACGGAAUCGUGGGGUCAAAUGUGCCAAACGGUGGAAGAUCUGCUGGAAGCGUAUGAAAAGUGGAAUUUAUCGAUCAGUGUCAGAAAGAGCUUCUGGGGUAUGAGUAAGGUAGACUAUCUGGGGCAUCGGGUAUCGACCGAAGGGCUAGAGGCAAAUCCAGAGGAGUUGAAAUAG